AUGCUACCGCCACCCGCCAUGCAGGCAGGGCUCUCUACCUCCCUUCCUCUCCUCCUCCUCCUCCUCCUCCUCUCCCUGCUCUCCGAUCCUGCAGCUGCAGACUCGUACAAGGCAUGCCAGAAGCACAGCGACUGCAACGACACCUCGCACCCGAUCUGCAACGUGUACUGGAGGAUGAAAUCGACUGACAACAAGAACCUAGAAGCAAAGGGCAUCUGCGUGCAGUGCAUGGAUGACUGCGACUGUCCAGUUGGCAAGUACUGUGCUGCUGAUUUCGAGCUCACCAAGUUCUCCCCUACCCUCUCCAUCGCCUCGGACGACAAGAAGAGAGUCGAGCUCCUCUCUCAGGCGUACCAGGGGCUGCGCAUCCCCAGCAUGUGCAAGUCGUACAGCUCAGAUAUCAGAGGGGGGUGUGUGGCAGAGGCGUACUUGAAGAAGGGGGUAGCUAUCAAGUCGCAGAAGAAUGCGAACGGGGUAGAAAUUUUCUCCGAAGUGGCAUCAAGUAUCCUUGCUACAGACCAAAAGAAAUUUUGCGGAAAGAUCAACUCAUUCAACCCGAAAGCACAAGAGUGCAUCGGAGACAAGUGCUCAGGAUCGACGUUGUUCACCAGCACUGAGACGUUCGUUCAAGUUUGCAGCAAGACAAUCCAAGACAACCUCCUCAACUACGGUGCCUGUGGUGAAUCUGUGACUGGAGACACCUACGGGUUUAGCUUCACUAGCAAUGCCAUCGACUGGAAUGGCACAUGCUAUGAUGGAGGCUGCAGAGAGUGUGCUGAGUCAGCCACCAGGUGCGGGAGCGGCUCUGGUCAGCCGCAGGUCUGCAUUGGCGGCAAGUGGCGCCUCAAGCAAGACCUUACGGCAUACACGUUUGGUGCUGAUGGCGUUCAGUCCAACGCGCAGGCGCAACUCUUGCUAGGAAUCUGCGUCAUGUUUGCCUUUGCCUGCGCCAUGAUGGUUAUCGUCUCAGUUGUCAAGUGCAUCAAGAGCUUCUUCUUCUCCUCCUCCUCCUCCUCCUCCUCCUCCUCUAAGGAAGGAGCUUCGCGUGAAAUGAGCCGGGUAUAG